AUGAUUCCACCCGAAUCCGAAGAAUCGCCCUUGGGCUUCACAGGCGCCCCAACGACGUACAGCCAGCACGACGACGCCGCCGCCCAGGUCGAAGAUUUUGACUCUCAGAGUCCCGCGAGCUCGCGCGACCCCGGCAGCGUCCAGACCGUAAACGACACCGCAACAACAGCCCCCGAGCACCGGGAUGACGCACAGGGUGGCAGCAGAAACACCGCGCAGAGUAAUAACCAGGAAAGCGAUAAGCCCGCGUGGAGCGAGAUGAAGACCAAAGCUGGGAAGGAGCGAAAGCGCUUACCAUUGGCUUGUAUCGCAUGCCGGCGCAAGAAAAUUCGCUGCUCGGGCGAGAAGCCCGCGUGCAAACAUUGUUCGCGGUCUCGCAUUCCCUGCGUCUACAAGGUUACCACGAGGAAGGCGGCCCCGCGGACGGAUUAUAUGGCCAUGUUGGAUAAGCGGUUGAAGAGGAUGGAGGAUCGUGUUAUUAAGACGAUCCCUAAGGAAGAGACGAGGGAUAUGACUGCUAUUGGGCGGUCUGUGGUUAGGCCUCCGGCCCCCGGGCAGCCGACUUCGAAGAGUCAGAAGAAACGGUCUGCGGAUGAAGCUUUUGCGUCGGAGCUGGAUGACUGGACUCGUGAGGAGCGCAGGGCACCGCAGGACACAUUUCCUAUGAGCAAGUCGGGCGAUGGCGGAUCCAGCCUUCUGACCGAGGGAGCCGAGUUUUUGCCGUCCUUGGAGAUCCAAGAACAUCUUGCAGAAGUAUUCUUCGAUUGUGUAUACGGGCAGUCGUAUCUUUUGCUUCACAAGCCUAGUUUUAUGCGCAGAUUACGAGCCGGGUCCGUUCCUCCGGUAUUGAGUCUCGCUGUGUGUUCUGUCUCUGCUCGAUUCUCGACGCAUCCGCAGCUCAACUCGGAGCCCCCAUUCUUACGAGGGGAGAACUGGGCGAAUCCUGCCGCUGCCAUUGCAUUGAGUCGCCAUGACGAACCGAAUAUCACCAUCCUGACUGUCUUCUUAUUACUGGGAUUACACGAGUUUGGAACCUGCCAUGGUGGGCGAAGUUGGUCUUUUGGAGGCCAGGCUCUGAGGAUGGCAUACGCCUUGCAACUUCACAGAGAGCUUGAUUAUGAUCCGCUUUUACAACACAGUAACGGCAACGGGUCACAGCUAAGCUUCACUGAUAGGGAGAUUCGACGGCGUACUAUGUGGGCCUGCUUGCUGAUGGAUAGAUACAAUUCGUCCGGGAGCCAACGGCCGCCCAUAGGAAACGAGAAGUUUUUGCAUAUUCAGCUUCCCAUAAAGGAGUCGCAUUUCCACAUGGAAAUACCAGGACCGACGGAGGACCUGGACGGAAAUGUGCCUAACCCGGUCCCAGAUGACAUCGGACAGCUGUCUAAUGCUAAGGAAAACAUGGGUGUCUCGGCCUACAUCAUCAAGACCGUGGUCAUUUGGGGGCGCAUUGUCGACUAUCUGAAUCUUGGAGGGAAGAGGAAAGAUCCCCAUCCUCUGUGGUCUCCAGAAUCUGGCUACACGCGCCUCAAACGGCAAAUUGACGAGUUCUCUGCAAGCCUCCCAAGCCAUCUUCUAUUCACCUACGAAAACCUCCAAAUACAUGCGGCAGAACGGAUCGCAAACCAAUUCCUCUUUCUUCACAUAAUUAUCCACCAAAACAUUCUCUUCUUGAACCAGUUUGCGAUUCCACUGUCUCCCGGAGGGCGGCCUCCCAGGGAUAUGCCCAAAGCUUUCUUAAGCAACGCAGGACGAGCAGCAGUUGAAGCCGCCCAUCACAUUUCUGUUCUCAUCGACCGUGCAUCGGCCUACCCACUUACUGUACCAUUUGCAGGGUACUGCGCGUACUCUGCCAGUACGGUGCACAUCUGGGGGAUAUUUUCCAAGAACGCACAGCUGGAAGCUCGGUCCAAAGAAAAUUUACGGCACACCUAUCGGUACCUGAACAAGAUGAAGAAGUAUUGGGGCAUGUUUCACUACAUGGUGGAAAGUGCCAAAGAUCGAUACCGGCAAUUUGCAGACGCUGCCAUCAAGGGCACGGUUGCCACACAUGACGGCGGCAAAAUCACUGCCAUGUUCCAAUACGGCGAUUGGUUUGACAAAUACCCUCACGGAGUGUCGCGAAUGCACUGGGAGGAUCCUGGCGCAAAGCAGAAGGAGACAGGCGACGAUGCGGUCAUGGGUCAGAAACCAGACUUGCAGAGCGUGGAAGACUUCUUCGCAAGUCUUUCUCCUACGCCCCAGACCGCAGUUCCUCGCAGAUCACAUUCAAGGAAGGCUAGCCGCGUCGAUAGCGCCAGCGCCGAGCAGCCACCUCAACCACAGUCAACGGUCGACGUGAACAUGGAAAGCUCGCCCGGGAUGCUGGGGACAUCUGGAGCUGGAUUCCCACAACCAGCCAUGUACAACCACGGCCGCGCGCAAGCAUUCGGGCCCUCCCCACUCGAUUUCAACAUCCCAUCCGACCACCUUCCCCAACUCGAUCGACAAUUUGUCUACGGUUCUUUUGCUGGCUUCGACCCGGCUUCCUUCGAAGCACCGCCACCGCCCCCACCAGCAAAUAACCCACCAAUACUCCCGUCCGCAACCAACGGCGUGGAGCCCCAACACCAUCAAGACGCCGCCAUUUUCACGGGCCAACUCGACCCGACCGCACCCUCAGGCGCAGGCGAAUAUUACCAGCCCAGCGCAUGGUUCCUGCCAUUUAAUCUCGAACCCAUCGCCCCAGCACCGGGUAUGGAACAUCCCCCCGGCGCCGGCGGAGGCGGCGGUGACAUGUUCGGGAAUACGGGUAUACCCAUGGGGACAUACGAUUUUGGUAUGGGUGGGAUGAAACGAGAUCCCUAG